UGGUAUUUGCUUAACGGUUGGUUGAUUCAGACACUAAACAACGAUAACCAAUCUUUAUACUUGAUCCCUUGAUCUAGAGUUAUUACCCCUCCUAUGUCGCAAGUCCAUCCGUGUUGGGCUCAAGAGUCAGAGGAGGUGAUACUGGGGUUGGAAAGUAGGGAAAGUGGGACACCGGUGAGGGCGUGUGGUGUUGAGCAUGCGGCUUUAUGGUUGAUGUCUUGGCAACGCGAAGUUUGUCGCUUGCUCCCAUCUCAUCAGAAGCGGCACGCUCUCGGCGUGUGCCAGUAUUAAGAGGGGAAAACCUCAGUCAAUGCCAAAUUUGGGAAGCGGGGUGAAGGAAAUGGCAUUUCAGCUGUUUUUGCAGCCCAAGCGCGGCACUGCUGCUGGUGGUGACGCCUAAAUGGAGCUUUAAUAACGCGGGAUAUAUCUCUAGCAGCAGAAGAUGGUGAAUUCAAGUGUUUUAUUAUCGUCAUGGCAAACGGAACCGGCAGCAUCAUGUUGAAAUGCGUGGUCGUCGGCGACGGCGCCGUUGGAAAAACUUGUCUGCUGAUGAGCUAUGCCAACGACGCCUUUCCAGAGGAAUAUGUGCCCACUGUCUUUGAUCAUUAUGCAGUGAGUGUGACGGUUGGGGGAAAACAGUACCUGCUGGGGCUGUAUGACACUGCGGGUCAGGAGGACUAUGAUCGCCUGCGACCCCUGUCCUACCCCAUGACAGAUGUUUUCCUCAUUUGCUUCUCCGUGGUGAAUCCGGCCAGCUUCCAGAACGUGAGAGAGGAGUGGGUCCCUGAGCUGCAGGAGUACGCACCCAACGUCCCUUACCUGCUCAUCGGCACUCAGAUUGACCUGCGGGACGACCCCAAGACUAUUGCCAAGCUGAACGACGUGAAGGAGAAGCCCAUUGUGACAGAACAAGGCCAAAAGCUAGCAAAGGAGAUUGGUGCCUGCUGUUAUGUUGAAUGCUCAGCACUGACACAGAAAGGGCUGAAGACUGUGUUCGAUGAGGCCAUUAUAGCCAUUCUGGCUCCUAAGAAAGGUGCGCUCAAGCGAAGACUGGGCCCACGCUGCAUCAACUGCUGCCUCAUCACAUGAUACACCAGCUCAAGGGCAUCCAGUGAACUGACAGUUACCAGCUUACAACCAACCAGAUUUUAAUCUGACUUCUGAACUAAAGCAAGGCGAACCAAUGGUCCCAGACACCUACAAGUCCAAGUUAUGGGCGAAUGACAAGAGGAACUGACAAAAAGACAUAUUGUUCAAGGAGAAGUGACACAAGAACACUAAACAUUGAGAAUGGAAUACAAAGAAAAUGGACAAAAUGAUUUAUUGAACAUACAAGCACAGAGAACAGACACCCAAAACAAU